GACUACCUUCUAUCAUGACUGAGGUACUGACUACCUUCUAUCAUGACUGUGGUACUGAUUACCUUCUAUCAUGACUAUGGUACUGACUACCUUCUAUCAUGACUGUGGUACUGACUACUACCUUCUAUAGUGACUGUGGUACUGACUAGCUUCUAUCAUGACUGUGGUACUGACUACUACCUUCUAUCAUGACUCUGGUACUGACUACCUUCUAUCAUGACUGAGGUACUGAGUACCUUCUAUCGACUGUGGUACUGACUACCUUCUGUCAUGACUGUGGUACUGACUACCUUCUAUCAUGACUGUGGUACGGACUACUUUCUAUCAUGACUGUGGUACUGACUACCUUCUAUCAUGACUGUGGUACUGACUACCUUCUAUCAUGACUGAGGUACUGACUACCUUCUAUCAUGACUGUGGUACUUACUACCUUCUAUCAUAACUGUGGUACUGACUACCUUCUAUCAUGACUGUGGUACUGACUACCUUCUAUCAUGACUGUGGUACUGACUACCUUCUAUCAUGACUGUGGUACUGACUACCUUCUAUCAUGACUGUGGUACUUACUACCUUCUAUCAUAACUGUGGUACUGACUACCUUCUAUCAUGACUGUGGUACUGACUACCUUCUAUCAUGACUGUGGUACUGACUACCUUCUAUCAUGACUGUGGUACUGACUACCUUCUAUCAUGACUGUGGUACUGACUACCUUCUAUCAUGACUGUGGUAUUGACUACCUUCUAUCAUGACUGUGGUACUGACUACCUUCUAUCAUGACUGUGGUACUGACUACCUUCUAUCAUGACUGUGGUACUGACUGCCUUCUAUCAUGACUGUGGUACCGACUACCUUCUAUCAUGACUGUGGUACUGACUACCUUCUAUCAUGACUGUGGUACUUACUACCUUCUAUGAUGACUGAGGUACUGACUACCUUCUAUCAUGACUGUGGUACUUACUACCUUCUAUCAUAACUGUGGUACUGGCUACCUUCUGGCAUGACUGUGGUACUGACUACCUUCUGUCAUGACUGAGGUACUGACUACCUUCUAUCAUGACUGUGGUACUGACUACCUUCUAUCAUGACUGUGGUACUGACUACCUUCUAUCAUGACUGUGGUACUGACUACCUUCUAUCAUGACUGUGGUACUUACUACCUUCUAUCAUAACUGUGGUACUGGCUACCUUCUAUCAUGACUGUGGUACUGACUACCUUCUAUCAUGACUGUGGUACCGACUACCUUCUAUCAUAACUGUGGUACUGGCUACCUUCUGUCAUGACUGAGGUACUGACUACCUUCUAUCAUGACUGUGGUACUGACUACCUUCUAUCAUGACUGUGGUACUGACUACCUUCUAUCAUGACUGAGGUACUGACUACCUUCUAUCAUGACUGUGGUACUGACUACCUUCUAUCAUGACUGUGGUACUGACUACCUUCUAUCAUGACUGUGGUACUGACUACCUUCUAUCAUAACUGUGGUACUGACUACCUUCUGUCAUGACUGAGGUACUGACUACCUUCUAUCAUGACUGUGGUACUGACUACCUUCUAUCAUGACUGUGGUACUGACUACCUUCUAUCAUGACUGUGGUACUGGCUACCUUCUAUCAUGACUGUGGUACUGACUACCUUCUAUCAUGACUGUGGUACCGACUACCUUCUUUCUGUUAGUUUUAGGCCUAUGCCCCAAUCAUACCACGGGCAGGGCUGUUACUCUCAGUAGUGUUAAAACUCCAGAGUGACGUGAUAGUCACUGGUCUGGAGUUUACAACUCUACCUCGGGUUCGAUCCCCGCCCAUGCUGUGGUAUGCAAUCGUAUCAAUACGAUUUAGUGAGCCUAUAUGCAGCCUACUACCGGUCCUCUCCCAUGAGGCUGUGUUUUGAUCCUAGGAGCAAUUAUUGUAAGGCUCUUGAUCCAAGGUUGUAAUGUUAUCUACCACCCCAUUGCCCCUCCCAUGUGGGUUUAGUGCUUUAAUCAGUGGUAGUGAACGCCUUCAGCGAUCAUUAUACAAUGUCUCAGACUCUUGAUGCUUGUUAAGGGCUCUUGAUCCAAGGUUUUUGUGCCUUAUCCCUCCUACAUGCGGGUUUAGCGCCUGUAAGUGGUAAUAACCUCCUCUAGCGUACGAACCUGUGAUCAUUUAUCAUAAUUUCUAAAGCUCUUGAUCCAAGGCAUAGGAUUCUUUCUGCUGGUUAAAGGUUCUUGAUCCAAGGUACUAAGCCGGUUUCCCACCCUAUUUGUCCUCUGCCAUACGGGUUUAGAGUCAAUAACAAGUAACGACCACCACCAGCGAACAUUAUACUCAGUAAUGCUGUAAAGCUCUUGAUCCAAGGCAAAAGACUUGUUGCUAGUUAAAAGCUCUUGAUCCAAGGUAUUAAGCUCGUCUGCCACCCAAAUACACCUCUUAAAUGCGGAUUUAGCGCCUAAAACAGCAGUAAUAACCAGGUCCAGCGCAUGAAUUUCCAAUGAUCGUUACUUUAAAUAAUAAUAACCAAGGCUUUUGAUCCAAGGCUAUAAGUUCUUUAUUAGUGUCAAUUAUGACUUAUUACCCCUGCUACAUGCGCGUUUAGCGCCUUAAUCACUCGUAAUGAACGCUUCCCGCGAUCAUUGCAGUAAUGCUGUAGGGCUCUUGAUCCAAGGUACAGGAUUCUUUCUACUGGUUAAAGGAUCUUGAUCCAAGGUUCUAGUGUUAAGUACUACCCAAAUACAUCUUGUACGUGCGAGUUUAAGGCCUAAAUAAGGUACAACAACCAGCUCCAACGAUCAUUAUUUGUACAGUGUCUAGGGCUCUUGAUCCAAGGAAUAGGGCUGUUGCUGCUGGUUAAAGCCUCUUGAUCCAAGGAAUAGGACCGCAUACCACCCAAAUACACCUCAUACAUGCGGGUUUAGUGCCUAAAACAGGUAAUAAACAGCUCAGUCACUUGCAUAUCAUUAAGUGUCUAGAACUCUUAAUCCAAGGCACAGGACUCUUGCUGCUGGUUAAAGGCUCUUGAUCCAAGGUUCUAGAGUACCAACGUAUCUCCUACAUGCGGGUUUAGCGCCUAAAACAGCAGUAAUAACCAGGUCCAGCGCAUCAGGCACCAGCGACCAUCACCUCCACUAAGGGUGUGAACCUCUUGAUUAUUUUCCCCUUAAAAACCCCUUAAAAUCUCCCCUUAGCUGCCCUCUGGCCCCCCUGGCCACCCCCGCUGCCCGCACGGGUCCCUAGCCACCUCUACCAACCCUAAUUACCCCCUAAAUAAGGGUAAUUAGAUGAUUUAUAGUCACCUAAGGAAGUUCAGGUAAUUGCUGCCGUUGAUGACCCCCAGUAAUCACCAGCAUCGACGACUUCAGUAAAGUAAAUUCUGGCAUUGAUGACGCCAGUAAAAUAAUCCUUGGCAUCGAUGAUUCGAUAAUCUGCAGCAUCAAUGACCCCAAUAAUCGCACAUCAUACAGAAAUUACUUAAUUAUCUUAGUAUGUGGUGUUUAUUUUAAUCAAUGUAAUUCAUUCUACAAACACAACAAAUUACAAUGGGGUAACUGGCUUAAAGGUAAUUAAAAAAAAUAAGAGAAUUGAGAGAGAAUUGUAAAGUAGUUAAUAGCAGUCGGUAGUUAGUAGUCAGGCUUUCGUUUACUAUUAUAAGGUCUUAACAGUGAUUAGUGUGUUUUUAAAUGGUUCUGAACAGUGUUUGUGACGUCAUACGUGUUAGAAUGCGUUAGAACGUGUUAAAACGUAUUAGAACACAUAGAAACAUGUUAGAACUUACACAAACACUUACAAAAGUGUUGGGAUGCAUUUAAAUGUUUUAGAGCGCAUGUGAAUGUGCUAGAAUGUGUACGAGUGUGUACAAACUCAUUAGAACUGUGAAAGCCUAAACAAAACUUAAACCAGAAGUGUUUAUUACAGAACUUAAACCAGAAGUGUUGUUACAAAACUUAAACCAGAAGUGUUACAGAACUUAAACCAGAAGUGUUUGUUACAGAACUCAAACCAGAAGUGUUACAGAACUUAAGCCAGAAAUGUUUGUUACAGAAGUUAAACCAGAGGUGUUUAUUACAGAAGUUAAACCAGAGGUGUUUAUUACAGAACUUUAACCAAAACAAACACAAAUUUUACUCAAAAAUGCUCCAAUAAAACAUCUUAACAUUUCUACAGAAUUCUGAUUCUCUUCUGGGAAGUCUAUAUGAGGAUCAAAUAUGGGCGACCAAACGGAGAAAAAAACAUUCCCUUGUCCUGUGUGCCUGAAGGUCUUCUCGUUUAGCUCACGUCUGACGAUCCACAUGCGGAUCCACACGGGGGAGAAGCCAUUCCAAUGUUUGACCUGUUUUAAACUCUUCCGACAGAACUCCACUCUGACCAAACACAAGAAAAUCCACACGGGAGAGAAACCUUACGAGUGCACCGUUUGUUUCAAGCACUUCAAGGAAACUGACCACCUCAUGACGCACAUGCGCAUCCACACGGGAGAGAAACCCCACCAGUGUUCCAUGUGUCCAAAGAAUUUCAUUCUGAAAUCUGCUUUGAUACGACACAUGCGUGUCCACACAGGGGAAAAACCCUUUGAGUGCACUGUUUGUCCAAACAGAUUCAAGGACAAGUCGGCCUUAGUGACACACAUGAGAGUCCACACGGGUGAAAAACCUUUCCAGUGCACUAUAUGCCCCAAGGACUUCACAGUGAAGUCAGCCCUGGUGACGCACAUGCGUGUACACACAGGAGAAAAACCAUACCAGUGUUCCGAGUGUUGGAAGGCGUUUUCGCGCCAUUAUUACCUGGUGCAACACAUGGCGUUGCACACAGGCCAGAAGCAAUACAAGUGUUCCAUCUGUCCCAAAGCCUUUUCGAAGAAGGCCACUCUUAAGGACCACCUGACGGUUCACACUGGCGAGAAGCCUUUUAAGUGCACUGUUUGUUCGAAAAGCUUCUUACGCAAGCCUUCCCUGGAGACGCACAUGAAGAGCCACAGUCGUGAGCAGCCGUACCGCUGUUCGAAAUGCCUCAAGGGAUUUGUGACCAAGAACAGCUUAGUGAAUCAUAUGAAAAUCCACCUGCAGGAGAGGCUGGAAAGCUCGGUUAAUUGCCUGAAGGACUUUCGCAAGAUGUCGUCGGCUGAGGCCUAUGAUGAUGAGUACCAGCAGGAGAGCGCCAGCAUGGAUGACAACCUUUUCUUCCAGACGUAUGCAGCAGAACUCUGCAACUUGCAGAAGGUAAAAGAAGAACAGGAUUAACUGGAGGAGUCAUAGGGUCUAGCACUAUGAAUGAGCUGUAAUGAAGGACUGUCGUUGAACGACCAUCACUGAACAACUGUCGUUGAACGAUGGGAGGCAUAAAUGAUGACCUAUUUUUCCAGAUGAACGCAGCAUAACUCUGUAACUUGCAAAAUGUGAAGCAAGAAUGGGAAUAACUAGAGGAAAGUCAUAGGGACUAGCACUAUGAACAAGCUCUAAUGAACAACUGUCACUGAACAACUGUUGCUGAACAACUGUUGCUGAAUGACCAUUGCUGAAUGACAAGAGGCAUGACCAAUGACUUGCUCUUCCAGACGUACACAGCAGAACUCUGCAACUUGCAGGUGAAGCAAGAGCAGGAUUAACAAGAUAACAGUCACAUGGGACAAAUGCUAUGAUUGCGAAGUCUAAUGAACGACUGUUGUUGAAUGAACGGAAGCAUGAACGGGCUCUUGGACUGUGGUCCGGGGACACAUAACGACUGAAAACUCCUCAAGAGGUGGAAUGUUCCAGUAACAUGGACCAUUGUAGAGGUGACCCAUGCCAAUAACAUGGACCAUUGUAGAGGUGACCCAUGCCAAUAACAUGGACCAUUGUAGAGGUGACCCAUGCCAAUAACAUGGACCAUUGCAAAUAUUGUAACAUGGACCAUUGCAGAGGCUGUAUCAUGGACCAUUGCAGAGGUUGAAACAUGAACCAUUGCUUUAAUAUGGACCAAAAGUGUACCAUCAACCCGACCGGACCACCUGUGGUCCAGCAAGCAUGAUAAAACACCUUAUGUAAUGAAAAUCAAACACUUCCACACAUUACACAAUUUUUCACAAAAUCAAACGAUAAAAACAGCUCUGAGUACCCAGAGCAUUGUGGGUAAACCCGGCUCUUACAGGUUUAGUGCUUAUUAUACCUUAUUAAGCUUAAGUCUUAUAAAACAGACUGUAAAAUAAAAUUACACAGUAAACCCUGGAUAUAACAACCUCAGUAUAACACUCUUAAAUCAACUGGUUAAAAUGGACUCUGGUUUAUUGUGAUCUAAAUUCUGUGUACUCUAGGGUGCUCUAGUACAUAAUCUGUUUUAACAAACGCUUGGUUAAUACCCCCAAUUUUUCUGCUUUAUCGAGGGUUCACUGUACACAUGUACACAGACUAGAAGUAAUUGUAAUCAAUAAAUGUUGUGUACAUUUCUGAGUAUAUAUUACAUGGGUGGGAUAUAUCCCCGUGGUAUAUACAGGUGGUCUUCAGCUUACCAUAUUUUGACUUUACGAUGGUGCAACUUGCAACAUUUCAACUUUAUGAAUGUUUGACUUAGGAUAUUUUGACUUCACAAUGAAUCGACUUGCCAUAUUUCAAGUUUAUGAUGGCUCAACUUAUGAUACUUUAUCUUUACAAUGAUGCUGCAAAAAUAACUUUAGAGAUGAAACAUAAGAUAAUUAUCCAGCAUGAAGGCAACAAGUCCCUAACUUAUAUUCAUUUAUUAACUUUUCAGUACUGGUAUUUAGUUAGUUACACUAAUUAUUGUUUAUUGACUUCUUCACUGCCACUAGUUAUUUAUUGACUUAUUUAUUUAGCAUAUCGUAUUCAUUUUCAACAUAAAUAUUUUUGACUUGGGACGGUUCGUCGGAAUGUAACCCCCGUUGUAAGUCAAGGACCCCCAGUAUGUACUGUGAGGGAUAAUCCCCUUAGGGUAUAUACACUGAAAGUUUAAUCCCUUUAUAGGGGAUUACAAUAUUCUUGUCAGGGUGUUAUGACGGUUACUGUGUAGCCUUCGUGAGCCUGGUGUAGUGGAUAGGAUUGAAACCCCAUCCCCAUUAACCCACCAUUGUAAACAUGUGAUGGACCUAGAAUGUGACAGGUACUGUACAGGUAGGGGCAGUGUAUGUGCCUUUGUGUGAUUGCAGGGGUUGAUUCGCAGCUCCUGGCUAUGUUGAAGGCUCGGUGCUUAUAUGCAGGCGCCAUUAUAUGUUACAGUGAACCCUCCAAGUAGUGGACAACAGAAAUAAGGGGACGAAGUCCACUAUAUCAGUCAAUUCGGAAACCGUUAGCUGCAGAAUUGUCGAUUGCAUCUCUUGCUGCUAGCGAAAAUCCCCUGCC